UGUGAUUGGUGUGUUGUGCUGAGCUGCGCUUUCGGGGCGGGUGGGCAGUAUUGGGCAGUAUUGGGCUCUGAAUGACCACAGAUACUGAUACCCACGCGGACAGCGCGAGCGGAGGAUGAGCAGAGGAUGAGGAGAGGAUGAGAGGAUGUCUGCGCGCGAGCUGAUGGAGGCCAGGGUGCGCGAGGAGGAGGAGGAGGAGGAGGAGGAUGAAGAUGAAGGAGAGGAGCUGACUCUGCAGGAGAUACUGACCCUCUAUAACCAGCCCAUAAAUGAGGAGCAGGCCUGGGCCGUGUGCUACCAGUGCUGCCGGACCCUGGCGGAGCGGGGCGGCCCGGGACCCAGGCGCGCGGGGCUGCACCCCCGGGGGGUCAUCGAGGGUCCGGAGGACGUGUGGAUACACCAGAACGGCACAGUGCGGCUUCAGCCCGCAGGUAAAGGCCAGGCGGCAUCCUCAGCAGUGUGGGUAAUCGAGUCUCUGGGGAUUAUGAUCUAUAAAGCUCUGGAUUACGGUCUGAAGGAGAACGAGGAGCGGGAGCUGAGUCCACCACUGGAGAAGCUCAUCGACCUGAUGACCAACACGGCCGGUCCGUACACCGACCCCUGCAGGGACGAGGGCUACGAGGCCACUGAGGAAGAGGAGGAGGAGGAAGGGCGGGGGUGCGGCAGCGGGAUUCGGCGCUACCGAGACGUCUUGAAGCUGUGUACGUCUCACCUCCCGAGCCCAGAGGAUGCCCCCGCCCACUACCAGGCGGUGUGCCGUGCCCUUUACGCCGAGACCCUGGAGCUGCGCACCUUUCUGGACAAGAUCAGGAGUGCUAAAGAGAAUCUGCGGAAGAUGGAGGGUGAUACCACUGAUGACCCAACCCGAGACCUAAAUGAGUUACAGAACGCAGAUUGGGCUGGGUUCUGGGUGCAGGUAAUGAGGGAUCUGAGGAACGGGGUGAAGCUGAAGAAGGUUCAGGAGCGUCUGUAUAACCCCCUGCCCUUCGAGUACCAGCUCACGCCCUAUGAAAUGCUGAUGGACGACAUCCGCGCCAAGCGCUACAAACUGCGCAAAGUCAUGGUAAACGGAGAUAUUCCUCCACGGUUAAAGAAGAGUGCACACGAGGUCAUCCUGGACUUCAUUCGCUCCAGACCUCCACUCAACCCAGUAGCAGCACGUAAGUUGAAACCUCAGGUAGAGCGUCCUCCGAGUUUACACGAGCGAAUCCUAGAGGAAAUCAAAUCUGAGAGGAAGCUCCGCCCAGUGUCACCUGACAUGAUCCGCAGGAGCAAACCAGUAUUUCGGCCUCUUGGCCAUUCUCAGAGUUUUGACUCUUCAGACGUGUCCUCCCCCGACGCCGCGAGGAAAGCGUCCAGCACGCUGUCGUUAGCCAACGGAUCCUCCGUCCAGCAGGGCGGCGCCAGCGGCUUCCAGAGGAAGAGACUCCAGGCGCCUACCCUGUCCGAACUGGAGACCUCCGACUCAGACGAUGAGACGAUCGGCCAGCGCUCGGUCAGCAGCUCCAGCAUCUCCACGCCCAUGGUGGAGGACACGUCUCCGGAGUCCGUGCUGGGCAAGAAGACCCCGCCCAUGUUCCUGCCCAUCUCCUCCACGCCGCAGCCUGAGAGGAAGCAGCCGGCCCAGAGGAGACACUCCAUAGAGAAGGAGACGCCCACCAACGUCCGCCAGUUCAUCCCUCCGUCCAGGCACAGCUCCAAAUCACUAGAGGAGUUCUGUUUCCCGGUGGAGUGUUUGUCUCUGACGGUGGAGGAGGUGAUGCACAUCCGGCAGGUUCUGGUUAAAGCUGAGCUAGAGAAGGUCCAGCAGUGCAGAGAUGUUUACAACGCGCUGAAGAAGGGAAAGCUCUGCUUCUGCUGUCGAACCAAGAAGUUCUCCUUCUUCACCUGGUCCUACACCUGCCAGUUCUGCAAAAGGACUGUGUGUUCACAGUGCUGUAAGAAGAUACGGCUGCCCUCUAAACCGUACGGCGCCCUGCCCAUCUACUCUCUCGGUCCGUCCACCUCCACACUGACCCGAGACAAACCGGAGAAACCCAGCACGAGCCACCACCGGCCCAGCCUGCAGCGCACCAUGUCCAAACUGUCGAAGACGUCACGCCAGGCGUCCUCGUCCUCCUCGCGGGAGGAGGCGGAGCUUCCCAAGGAGCUGACGGAGGAUUGGAGCAGUAUGGAGGUGUGUGUAGACUGUAAGAAGUUCAUUUCUGACAUCAUUUCCUCCAGUAAGCACAGCCUGUCUCUGGCCACCAAGCGAGCGCGGCUGAAGCGUAAGACGCAGUCGUUCGUCCUCUCCUCGGCUAAAGGAGGAGAGUACCGGCCUUCAGAGAGGACUAUCAACGAGGUCUGAGACACCGGCUCUCAGAACCGGGACUGAGUCUCCGUUCCUGGACUAGACUGAUGAGGAACUCUGUGGAGAGGAGCCUGUAUGAUCUCCGGGUCUGUCUCGGUCUUCAUGCUCUCAUUGGAUGCUUAAAUCAGAAGAAUGAUGUUCAUUUUCUGAAGUUAUUUUUAUGUUUAAGUGCUUUAUAUACAAUCCGAGAGGACUGACGUCUCACACUGCAUUUACACAGCUCUGUCACGUCGACGUAUAGCGUUGUAUCCUAUUAAUUUUUAAUAGGAAGCAUUCAUGGCUUCGGCAUGUCGAGUCCGGAAGAUGCCAUGCAAUAAAACGUUGAGCCGAGGUGAAAUUCAUGCAAAUUAAUCUGUCCAACUUCCAAAAAAGCAUGAAGAAAAGCUAAUCACUGCGGUUUUAGGCUUUCCUGUCCUUUAUGAUCAAUCCCUGCUGAUUUACAGGGACUCUGAUCAGCGUAAUACAGCGUGGAGGAAAAAGUCAUUUUUGCAAAAAACAUUGUCCUUAUACAGAGAGAAUAGUUUAUUUUAACAUUUAUUUAGAAUCAGACAGACCCAAUUAGUCCAAUUCUAGCUUUCUAUAGUAAGUAAAUAAACUAGUUGCAAACAUAAUUUUGCAUAAGAUUUUUUUAGCUGGCCCAUGUUUCUUUCUGGACUGGCUGUAGAAACUUCUGACUGGGAUUCCCAUGUGUAAUUGUCAUGUACACACUAGACGCUAUGAGCAGUGUCCCCAUAUAAGGUUGCAGGGUCUCAAGCUCAGAUUAUCGAACAUUUAUAUUUAUAAAUAUGCAUUUAUAUUCAUUAGUUCAUAGAAAAUAAAGCUUGUAUAAAACUGUUUCCCAUUUAUUAUAAAAAUAUUUAAUUGGACGACGCAGGGAACGCCUUUGUAACGCCCACAUGCGACCAGUUGAAGGCAGGCAGUGCAUUCGUUCAUAUGCGUUGACGCAUCGGAGCAGUGUAAAUGUAGCGUAACCCACUCACCUCAGAAGAUACGUUAAACUAGAGAUGUUUAAUCUUUAGCAUGAACACAAAUGUGCCAGUUCCACUGGCAGCAAAGCAGCCAUGGCAUGAUGCUCCCACCACCAUGCUUAACAGUUGGUACGGAUUUCCUUUCCUCCUGCAAAUAUAAAUACAGAAGAAAAAAUCUGCAAAAUACUGUACUAUCUGUAGAAGCACCCCCUAUCUGUAUAGCCUUAAAUAUCAAAUUUAAACAAACAUUAGCAAAUGUCUCCAAACUAUUUGGUAAACUUACUGAAAGUAUGUUUUUUUUUUGUUUGUUUUUUAGAAAAUAAAAAUCAGCCACAGUUGUUACUAAAUGAAUAAAACAUUGUAACAGUUAUACAGCGA